AUGCAUAUCAAGGUCAAUAACAAAUGGACUGAUAGUUCAUUUGAUCAACUCCUUGAGUUGUUGCAUUCAACAUUUCCACAAGACAACAAGGUUCCCCGUUCAUAUUAUCUAGCCAAAAAGAAACUGAAGAAGAUAGGUUUGGGGUACGAGUCAAUACCUGUGUGCAAAAACGAUUGUUCUCUCUUCUGGAAGGAACAGAGGUCAUUGCAAAUAUGUCCUGUUUGUAAGGAGAGUCAAUGGAUUGUUAAAAACACCAAGGGUAAAAAGGUGGCUCAUAAGGUGUUACGAUACUUUCCAAUGACCCCUAGACUACGACGUUUUUAUUGUUCAAGGUACACUCACAAAAAUAUGAUAUGGCAUAGUAUCGGGAGAUCAAAAUAUGGUGUGAUGCGUCAUCCCGUUGAUGGAGAGUCUUGUCAAAAAUUUGAUGUAGAUUACCCUGACUUCUUGAGUGAACCUCGCAACGUACGCUCAGGGCUGGCAGCUGAUGACUUUAAUCCAUUUGGUAACAUGUGUAAUCCGCAUUGUACAUGGCCGGUUGUACUCACCACAUAUAAUUUGCCACCAUGGCUUUGUAUGAAAGAGUUAUCAUUCAUAUUGGCCUUGUUGAUUCCCGACCCUAAAGCGCAUGGAAAGGACAUAGAUGUUUUUCUUAAGCCGUUAGUGGAAGAGAUUAAGUUUUUAUGGCUCUCAGGUGUACUUAUUAAAGAUGCAGCAACAGACACAUUCUUCAUGAUGAAAGCUAUGUCGUUAUGGACAAUAAACGACUUUCCAGCUCGUAGUAGUUUAUCGGGUUGGAGCGGACAAUGGUAUAGAGCAUGCCUGACUUGCAAUGAAGAAACUCCCUCGUACUGUGUAGUAAAUAAAGUCGUUUAUAUUGGUAAUCUUCAGAUCUUAGAUGCUGAUGAUCAAUUAAGAAUGAGUUUGAAAUUUCACGGGCAACCCGAGACAAGAUCCUCUCCAAGGAACUUUACUAAUGAAGACAUGCAUAAGCAACUAGUUCGUCUACUGCUUCAUAAACGGGUUCAUCAUCCUAAAACUCUCAAGGAAAACAUGGAUCAACAAGGAUUCGAGUUGAAUUGGUCGAAACGUAGCAUAUUUUCCAAGCUCGAGUAUUGGUCUUCUCUGCAGCUGAAGCACAACUUUGAUGUGAUGCAUGUCGAGAAAAAUGUGGGUGAGAGUCUUUUGUGUACUUUUAUGAUAAACGAUAAGAGUCAAGACACGUCAAAUGCACGUGAGGACUUUAGAAAUAUGAAUAUCCAACGUAAUCAAUGGUUGCAAAAAAAGGGUAACACGUUCACUAUACCACAUGGAAGCUACUCAUUCAAUAAACCUGACCGCAAAAUCUUUUGUCAGUUUAUAAGAGAUGUUAAAUUGCCUGAUGGGUUUGGAUCUAACAUCAUUAAUAAAGUGGUAGAUAAUGAUACUAACAUUAUUGGGUUGAAAUCUCAUGAUCAUCACAUUCUUAUGCAACGUUUGAUACCGAUUGGAGUUAGAGCGUUAUUGGACAAAGAAACUUCUACACCAAUUGUAGAUCUUUGUAUGUUUUCAAGAAAAUUUGCUCCAGAACACUAA